AUGGCAGCAAAUAAGGUUGGGAAGAGGUUGGUUAAUAAAACCCACUCUCCGUCCAGGAACAGAGACUCAGGGCAAGCCAUACAGAGGAGACAAGCCCGAGUCACGGUCAAAUAUGACCGCAAGGAGCUACAAAAGAGGCUGGACGUGGAGAAGUGGAUUGAUGAAAGUAUUGAGCGCCUUUAUGAGGGCAGGGAGGUGGACAUGCCGGAUGAGGUGAACAUUGAUGAUCUUCUGGACAUGGAAACAGAUGAGCAGAGAAGAAGCAAUUUACAGAUCCUCCUGAGGUUAUGUGCAAACAACACAGAGGAAUUCAUUCAAGACCUUCUGGUAAAGCUAAAAGGGCUUCAGAAACAGACACUUUUAAGGAAGAAUGGACUGGAGGUCAGCAACGAGGAGCCAAUUCUAGAGCACGCGUGA